UACUGACAACUGCAGACACAACUUUGAUUGGUCCAUUGUGUAUUUUUUUUUUUUUUUUACUUAAAAAAGGAUACUACAUGUCCUGGUAAAUCAUCAGUGAAAAUUCCAGAACUUGGUAGGAGGCUGAAUGACCAUGAGGCAGGCGGUGGAAGCUCAGGUGUUAAACCCCCACUGUGAACUUGGAGAACACGGACUGCAUCAGAUCCUGACAGAUGUGAUUGAGGAGGUGAGGCAGUCAAUCCAUGAGGACAUCGACGGAGCAGAGUUGGUCCACAGUCUUCUCAAUGCCUCGUGGCUGCAGUCAUUGCUUCAGGUUUAUGAGUGCCUUCAGAAAUUCCUGAUUGAUGGUCCAACACCAGCUUUGAGCUACGGUUCAGGGUUGUGUUUUCAGUUGCUGAUAGAUAUCAGAGGAUUAACCUGCUGCUCCGAAGAAGCCAAGGAGCUUGACCGUCUCCUCCGACAACCACAUCUGCAGGCCCUUCUGUCGGCUCAUGAUUCAGUGGCCCAGAAGGACUAUGAGCCAGUGCUGCCGCCAAUGCCAGAUGACCUGCCAGAUGAUGAGGAGGCCACCAGGAUUGUCUGCCUGGUCAAGAACAAACAGCCUCUGGGCGCAACAAUAAAGAGAAACGAGAUCACAGGGGAGAUUUUUGUUGCGCGGGUGAUUCACGGUGGGCUGGCUGAUCGAAGUGGUCUGCUCCAUGCAGGGGACCGAAUCAUUGAGGUGAACGGCUUUUCUGUUGAUGGAAUGGAACCUGAGCAAGUUAUUCAGGUUGUGCAAGCCAAAGCUCAAGGCACCAUCAUGUUCAAGGUCAUUCCCAUCACUGACAGGCCGGUCCACAACCAGUCGAUGCUCUACAUGCGGGCCAUGACUGACUACAGUCCACAGCAGGACCCCACCAUCCCCUGCGUUGAUGCUGGUAUGAGCUUCAGGAAGGGUGACAUUCUGCAGAUUGUGGACCAAACCGAUGCCCUCUGGUGGCAGGCCAAGAAACUGCCCAGCAACACAGCCUGUGCUGGUCUGGUUCCCUCCACCCACCUGCUGAAACAGAAACAGAGCGAGUUUUGGUGGUCUCAGUCUUUUCAACCACACACCUGCAAUCACACGUUGACCAUUGUAGAAGAAGAGGAAGAUCUGAUGGCCAUUGAUGACAGAUGUGUUGAAGCAGAUGAGGAGGCAUUUGAAUCUGAGGAGCUUAGAGAAGAGGAUGACGACUUCAACAUUAAUACUGAAGGAAUCUAUUUAUCAGGCUUUAGGAGCAGCAUGCGUCUGUGUCGGCGGCGGUCCAGCAGCACCAGCCAACCAAACUGUAACACUCACAGCCCCAGGGGCUGCUGCGGUGACCUAACCAGCCCUUAUGAGGAGGUGGUGCGCUACCAGCGGCACCCACAGGAUGCACACCGCCUCAUUGCCCUCUUAGGUCCAUCUGGAGUGGGUGUGAAUAAACUCCGGAAGCGACUGAUUGAAUUGAACCCAAACAUCUUCCAGGGAGCAGUGCCUCACACAACAAGAACACCCAAAGUAUAUGAAGAGUCUGGCAGAGAAUAUUACUUCACCAGCCGAGAAAUCUUUGACAACAUGGUACACAACAACAGGUUUCUGGAGUAUGCAGAGUCUAAAGGAAACCUGUAUGGCAGCAGUGUGGAGUCAGUGAGAGACGUUUUAAGCAGCGGAAAGAUCUGUGUUAUUGAUAUUGAGCCUCAUGCCAUUCAGGCAGUGAGGACCCAUGAACUGAGAGCCUACAUUAUCUACGUGAAGCCCCCAACACUGGAGCGACUCAGACAGACCAGACAGGAGUCCUACAUCACCACCGACUACUACAUCACACGGCCGUUCAAAGAUGAGGACUUCCAGGAGAUGGAAGAAACUGCGAGGAGAAUGGAGGCCCAUUAUUGGCAGUUCUUUGAUCAUGUGAUUGUGAACGAUGACUUGCAGGACUCCUGCAUUCAGCUGCUGACUGCGGUGAAGAAGGCCCAGGAGGAACCACAGUGGGUACCUGCCAGCUGGAUUCGACCUGCUGCGGAGUCGUAACUUUGGCGGCGUUCACAGUCUGCACAAUUCUGCAUUAAAGGAAUGAGAUGUCCUCCAACCAACAGCAGAUAGUUUAUUACUGUUCCUCUAUAUUUCUUGUGUUAAUAUCAUUUGUCUGUUUUGUUAUAGCAGAAAGAAAAGUGCCAAAAGCCAAAACUCAGAUCUGUGUUUAGUAAACUACUGUAUCACAACCAAGUACUCUGGUUUUCCAACAUGUUGAAGCACAGCAGUGACAUUUUGAUAUUUAUACGGCUGGGAUGAGGAUCAGCACCUCUAAAUCUGAGGCCAUGGUUCUCAGCAGGACACCGAUGGAUUGCCUACUC